AGCUGUCGGGUUUGCUGCCCCACCUGACGUCGCUACUGGCUGGCUGUACAGGUACCUGCGUCGAGCGAGCUUGUGACGCUGCCCGACGCGGGCGCUGUUGCUGAGUACUCGUAGGUACAUAUACGCCUUUGUCCGGCUGUUUGUCUGUGAGCUGCUGCUUGCUGUUUCCUGGCUUUUGUCCACCACCAUAACAACAACAACAACAACAAUGGCACCCGCCCUCGACGCCGCCAACGGCAUCCCCGCCACCAACGGCACCGCCAACACCACCGACCCCAACAGCAACCCCAUCCCCGCCUGGGCCGGGCCCGACCUCACGCGCCUGCUCGAAGUCCACCACGGCGAGAACUACACCACACGCGCCAUCAGCAAAGUUUCCCUCGCGCCACACGCGCUCUUCGCACGCAUCACGAGCGCAACGCCCGUGCCACAAGCCGCGUACACAACCGUGCAAUGCAGCCCCACAUCGCACAUCGAGCUGAACAGCGACCUCGUCUACAUCAACCACAGCUGCGCCCCAAACCUGAUCUUCGACAUGCAGGCGUGGGAAGUGCGGGCCUCGGACCGCGGCGUCCGCGCGGGCGAGGAGCUGACGUUCUUUUACCCCAGCACCGAGUGGAGCAUGGCGAGGGCGUUUGAGUGCACGUGCGGGGACGUGGCGUGUUUGGGCGUGAUUGACGGCGCGAAGAACAUGCAGCCGAAGGUGCUGGAGCGGUAUUGGAUUUGUGGGCAUGUGCGGGAGAUGCGGGAGCGCUUGGUCGAGGAGGUCAGGGAGAAGAGGAGGAGUGCUGGGAUUGAGAAGGAGGGGUUGCGCGUUGGGGGGGAGAAGGGACUCGCGUUUAGAGCUGUGGCGGGGGCGGGCGUCGUGUAGGUGUUUGUUGGGGCCUGCUUCUCUUUCUUCUUCUUCUUCUUCUUUUGAGGCUGGUCGGAUUGCUGGUUGGCUGGCAUGGCGUUUUGAUGUCGUCGUCGCCAUAUAGUCGUUUGGAGAGCGCGUCGCAUGCGUUUGCGCGAUAGACGAGAGCGCGGUCAAGCAGAGCGAGGUUCAGAAAAAUAUACCAAUGUCCAGCAGUCACCCCUGGUGUACGUAUCCAUUCCAUUGUAUGCAGCACGAAACACUCCAACAACAGCAACUCCCC